AUGUCAACAGACUUCAAAAGUGCUGAGCAGAAGCUCAAUGAGGUGCUUAACAAAUUCCGUGACGUGGAUCCGGAUCUCAGAUUUAUGGCGCUCAACGAUCUUAACAAGUUGCUGGUUGAGCAUCAGCUCAUCCUUAACAAGGUGAACCAUUACUCUGACCAGGUGACUACGAUUCUUUUAGAGGCAUUGAACGAUGUCAAUACCGAUGUGCAGAAUCAAUCUCUGCACUGCUUCUCACCACUGGUUGGUGUGCUGGAGGACCAGGAAGUGGUCAAGGUCAUUGAUAGACUGAGGGAACCAACGACGAACAAGAGCUCCAUUACCACCUCUAUUCAAACUAUGGCAAUCUGUGAAGUUCUAAAAAAUAUCAACUUGAAAUACAAGACCACAGGCGCUCUAAUGUCUGACUUGCUGCUGCCACAAGUGUUUGAGAAUACAGUGAUCCAUUCUUUGGACACCAUGGAGAUCCUUACAGUUUUGUUACAGAAUUUGGGUAACACCAUUUCACACGAGAACCUAGUACGCUUGUACGAGGUUUUGAUUUCAACAAUCUUUAAAGGCGAAACCAUUGUAGCAAAGAAGGCGAUUGCUGCUUUGGGUCAUUUGAGCACCUAUCUCGAAGUUUCAGACGCAGAAAACUUGCUACAGAAGAUUCACGCAACAAAUGUAACUUCAUACGAGAGUAUCGUGUUGAAGUUGCUAACUUAUAUCUCGUUGGUAAAAGAGAACUUUCCAUUAUUUGAACAACACUUUACAGGAUUUCUCCAAGAAGUUUUUGAUAAAUUGUAUCUCGAUCAAACGGAUUUGGAUGAUGAUCAGAUCAAGAUCGACGAUGUUAGGUAUGAGGCCUUAAACUUGGUAGAUGUACUUCUAUUGGAACGAGGUUCCCUGACAGAGUCAAGAGAUAAGAUUCUGACUAUUUGCAAGAGAUUCUUAGUGUAUGAUCCAUACAGUAACGAUAUGGAUGAGGAUGAAUAUGAUUUUUCUGAUCCUGAAUUCUCAGAUGAGGAUUAUGAUGAAGUUGACGCGAACGAUGAUAAUUCAUGGAAACUCCGUAAACAAUCUGCAAGAAUCAUCACCACGCUGAUCAAAAUCUCACCAGAAGCUCUUCAGGACGUUUACUCUUCUGGCAUCUUUGAAUGCUUGUUGAGCACUGUUGCUGAUUCCUCUGAUGCCGUGUCAUUUGAAAAGAUUGCCACUUUAGACACCAUAGUUCAGACCUCUCUCAAACUAUACACUAAACGUUCUGGGCGUAAGAGAACAAACUCUGAUGCUCUGAUGUCUGACAAAGAUGAAGAUCCGCUAGCUGUUUUGCAAGAGCAUAGAUCUGAAAUUGUGGAUAAGUUUAUCACAGAAUUGGAUGCUGUUAAGAACAAUGGUUCAACCAAGUAUAACUACUUACUAAACUUCUUCCAAAACUUUAACGAAUUGGCAGAUGAUUUGAAACCACUACUUGCCUGUGUCAGGAAGCACAAUUUUGGUAUCAAUUUAGAUUUACUCAAAUUCUAUUCAGCAAUGCUUCAGAAUAACGACAUCGGGUUCUUUGGAUCCGAGUUUCAAUAUAUUGUGGAAUUGGUUAAUAGUGGGUUAAGUAACAAGAACCACAUUACAGUGACCAACUCCAUGGAUACAGCAGUUGAUUUAUUGAAUCUUACCUACAACGAAACACUAACGAAUUCCAUUUUUGAGAUUGCUGCCAAUGCCAAAAAUGACAGUGUUGUGAGAAACAAUGCAAUUCAAACAUUAGGAAGUUUGAAAACAUUGCCACCACAAAAAAUUGAGGAGCUCCUGGAAUUACUUGCUGCCACUUUGAAGUAUGACCCUAUUGCGAUCAGUACUAUUGAUGCCAUCACACAACUUGCCGAAAUUUAUGGACCUGCAAUCAACGUACCUGCUGUUCCAUCCAUUGUUCAAACUUAUACUGAGUUCAUUUCCAACCCAGUAUUCCUAUCACACACUAUUGAAUCCUUGGUUGAGAUCUCACAGUAUACUGACAUUGACUCGUCUAUUGGUGAUUCAUUACUGAAAGUUUUCGAAAAUGAUGUUUAUCAGUCCCAGGUGUUGCGUAUAUUGUCUCAUUUGAACUAUGACAAGCAAAAGCUUCAGACAAUCUUCCUUCAAGCUGCAUCUAUCGAUGAGGUUGAUGAAACAGCAUUAUUAGAGGUGUCAAGCAAGAUUGGAUCCGAUUUGAUCCCUACGUUAGAGCAACAUAGCGACAAUCCAAAGAACAUCAAGAUUUUAGCCAAUAUUGUUAUUAACGAGAAUUUAAGGGACUAUGUUGAGGCUAAGGAGAGUGAACUUGCUCAACACAUAAACUCUUCAUUCAACAUAAGACUAUUGGGUUAUAUUGGACAAGUGAUGCCCUUGACAACGUCCAUUAAGCAAUUACAGAGCUUCUUCUCCGAGGAUGAAACAAAAUUCUAUGCUGCAGAGUCUCUUGGUAGACUGAUUUCAACCAAUCCAGAGUCUUACCUACCCGAGUUCCUUGAAAGAAUUACCGCCAAUCAGGACCGUUGCCUUUUGUUGAUUACGAUCAAACAAGUAUUGAAAAUCAAUAAGUCGUUGCCAUUCGAGACCUACUUAACCAUUUGGAAUACCUUAUUUGACAUUUUGAAACAAGAAGAAGUUAUUGAUGAAGCAUUGACACGUAUUGCAUCACAGGAUGUCGGUCUUAUAUUGGUGAACAACAGCGAUACAGGUUUCUUCUAUCAACAGGCGUCUGAGUUCUUAAAGACUGACAACUGUGUGAUACUUUUCACAGUGAUUGCUGCUAUUAAGUUCAUACUGGCGUACGAUAACAUUUUCACUGCAGAUCUUGUUGAUCCCUUGCUUCUCCAAGUUUUUGCGCAGAUUGAGAAUGAAGAUCUUGAAGUUAAGCAAGUUUCCAUUGUUACCCUUAUGACUGCGCUGAACAAUCAAUUUACCAUUCUCAUUCCACAUUUGGUUGUUGUUUUACCUUAUGUCUACAACGAACUUGGGGCUAAAAAGCAAUACGAGGAGAGUAUCCAAAUUGGUCCGUUCAAACACAAGAUUGAUAAAGCGUUAGAGGUGCGCAAGAAUGCAUUCGAAAUAUUGUACAAACUGACUUUAAACCAUAAUCUUUUGAAGAAUGUUGAUUUUAAUGAGGUUUUGACAAAUGUUGUGAACUAUGGGUUAAAGGCAGAUAUCAUUUCAAUCAGUUCCCUUAUCAUUAUCAAAUUGUUGGCAUUUGAUGAUGUCAUUUUAAGUCCAGAAACCAGGGCCAAACUAAGUGCUGGUAUUGACAAGUUGUUGAACUCCAUCAAGAAGAAAGAAGACCAACAGAAGGACUCCAAGGAGGAACAAGAAACAAAGGCUACCUUAAUUUCGUUGCGUAAUGAGAUUUUCCAAGAGGACUAUCUCAAAUGA